AUGUUCAGACUUCCCGGUCUCUACCGUAUUGGACGCCCAUUGGCGUUUGCGUGUAACACUACAGCGCCUCUCAAGUCGUCGCUUUUCCUCAAACCUUCGGCGGUUUUCUCAAAACCUACAUCGCUACUUUCCCAACUCAGAAGCUAUAGAUCACUGACCUGGAAACGCUACAAUCGCCACUAUAACUUAAACAAAAUCAACUGGCAGAGGCUCGCCAAACCUGCUCUUUUUACUGGUGUGUUCUGUGUGGCCACAACCGUGGGAAUCCCCUUCCUUUUCCUGCUUCCGCCAUUUUCGUCCAUAUAUCGGUACCCAAAGACGGUAUUAUACUCCAUUAUUGCCAUAAACGUAGCAGGUUUUCUCGCAUGGAGAAUUCCAGCUGCUUCGAGAUUCAUGACCCGUUAUGGCCUUCUACUUAAGGACAACGUCUAUUCUUCGUGGACGCUCUUGGGCUCGGCCUUUUCGCACCAGGACGGCUUCCAUAUUCUAUUCAACAUGAUGAUGCUCUAUUCCUUCGGUUCAUCUCUAUGUGUGUUCUUGGGCCCAGCUAACUUUCUCGUCAUGUACUUGAACUCGGCUGUUAUCUCCUCGUUUUUCUCCUUGCUUGUUCCAGCUGCUUUACGUUCAUCUUUAGCUGUGGGAUCGUUAGGUGCUUCGGGAGCGAUCAUGAGCGUUUUUGGUACGUUUGCUUACUUGUUUCCUAGAGCUAGUAUUGGAUUCUUUUUCAUUCCAAUUCCCGGGGGUGCUUGGGCUGUAUUUUUGGCCUCUAUUGCUGUUAAUGCUGCCGGAAUUGUUCUCAAGUGGUCUCGUUACGAUUUCUCAGCUCAUUUGGGUGGAUGUGUGGCCGGUUUCGCCUAUGGAUGGUGGUACGAUAAACUCAGAAAAGAGAAGAGAAGAGCUAGUUACAGAUUGAAUUAA